GACAGCGAUGUGGCUCAGCUCACAGCCGGCAGGUCACCGCCCCCAGAGAGCCCCUCAGUCAAUGGCCACUCUGUCCCGGCCCCUCGGGUGGACCCUCCUCACCUUCGGGAUCCUUGACGUCCUUUUGGGAAUCGUCUCCUUCUUCCCGGUGCUUUCCUACAAGCCCUGGUUUGCCGGAUGGAGCGACCGGAUCGCCUGCCCCCUCUGGACUGGAGCCGUGGCCCUGGCAGUGGGAGUUCUCCUGAUACUGUCUAACAGAGACACCACCACAAACUCUCUGUGCCAGGCUGCUCUCCCGCUGGCAGUGCUCACCGUCGCUGCCUCCCUUCUCCAGUUUGCCAUCGCGGUGAAGGCUGCCCUCCUCGGCCCGUACUGCUACUACUCCUUUGCCGGAGGGGUGGGCACUGCCUACCUGGGCUACGCCAUCCAGUACCCGUACCCGUACCCCCGGACCCUCAUCUGUCGAGACCCCCUGUUUUAUGAGUUCUACCACCUGGGUCUGCAGGUGAUCAGCCUCCUCAUCAGCCUCGUCCUCAGCUUCUCCUCCCUCACCUUCCUCAUCAUCCACCUCCUCACUGCGCUCAGCAGCCUGAACGGCCGGAGGAGAGGCUGGUGACCGGUCAGUGGGGCGAUCGCCUCACUCUCUGUGUGCUUCAUUUCGGGAAAGAAAAUCCCAGGAUACAUA